AUGAACGUACAACCUUACGUCGUUGGGAGUUCGGGCGAUGAUGUACAUAGUCAUAUUGAUGAUUCCGCUCGCAAGCCCAAUGCCGCCCAUUCGAUUUUCGAAGAUCAAGGUAGAGAGGUCUUACUUGCAUGGAGUCACGAAAUAAUUUCUAACGGAAGCCCAGAUGACCCCGUACAAUAUGUCACCAGCGAUUCUCGCCGUGAAAUCGGAUUCAUUUCAGCCGCCUUCCUAAUCUUCAACCGCAUGGUCGGAGCUGGCAUUUUCGCAACCCCAUCCGCCAUCCUCCAACUUUCCGGAUCCAUUGGCCUCUCACUGAUCCUGUGGAUUGUCGGUAUGCUCAUCGCUUAUGCUGGCCUUUGUGUAUACAUGGAAUUUGGCACGACGAUCCCAAGGAAUGGAGGAGAGAAGAAUUAUCUCGAAUAUGUCUUCCGCAGACCGAGAUUUCUUGUUACAGCCAUGUACGCUGGGUACGUCGUACUGCUGGGUUGGGCAGGAAGCAACUCUGUUGUUUUCGGGGAAUACAUCUUGCAUGCGGCGAACGUGGAAGUGAAUCGUUGGAAUCAAAGAGGUGUGGGAUUAGCUUGCAUCACAAGUGCUUUUCUCCUCCAUGGAUUAGCUUUGAAAUGGGGAUUACGACUUCAGAAUCUCCUUGGGAUAAUCAAGCUUCUUAUUUUGAUUUUGAUUGUUGUUUGUGGUUUUGUAAAUCCCCCCUUUCAUCCUGGAUUUUGGAUACAACUAAUCGAAUCGAAAUAGGUUGCUCUUGGUGGUCACCUCCAGAUCGAGAAACCAGAUAACUUCUCGAACGCUUUUGAGGGCACGACUGGUAGUGCUUAUGGGGUUGUCACUGCCUUGUAUAAUAUCAUUUGGUCAUAUGUUGGAUAUAGCAAUGCCAACUACGCGCUUUCGGAAACCAAAGAUCCGGUUAAGACGUUAAAGCGAGCUGCUCCAGCUGCGCUGGCUCUGGUCUCCGUACUUUACAUGCUCGUCAAUGUAAGUCCUCUAACCCGCUACACAUAACGCCUUCUACUUCCCUUCCCAAAAUCGAAUACAGAACUAAGCCCUAGGUAGAUCGCCUAUUUCGCCGCCGUACCAAAAGAAGAAAUUCUGACAUCCGGCCGUGUCCUCGCCGCCUCAUUCUUCCGUAACAUGUUUGGUCCAAGAACUGAACGCGUCCUCUCUGUCUUCGUCGCCCUCUCCGCAUUUGGAAACGUUCUUUCCGUGAUAUUCUCUCAAGGUCGGUUGGUCCAGGAAAUCGGACGGGAGGGUAUCCUCCCUUGGUCACGUCUAUGGGCAAGCAAUAAGCCGUUUGACGCUCCGUUCAUGGGUCUCUUUGAGCACUGGCUUGUUUCUGUGAUUAUCAUGUUGGCACCUCCCCCCGGGGACGCAUACAAUUUUAUCCUUAAGUACGUUGUCCCUCCCUCCCCCAAAUCCUUCUCCCCUUUCCUAACAAAAAACAGUGUAAUAUCCUACCCCCUCGCAGUAAUAAACGUCUUCGUCGGCGCCGCCCUCGUCCACCUAUACCUCCACCCCUUCUCCAUCCACCGCAACCCGCAGCAAUGGAACCCCCCCUUCAAAGCCACCCUCCCAAUAACCAUCUUCUUCCUCCUCUCCAACAUCUACCUCGUCGUCGCGCCCUUCGUCCCCCCUACCGAUGGACAAAAUGUGUAUAAGUCUUUGCCGUAUUACUUGCAUUGUAUUGUGGGGAUCGGGAUCUUUGUCGCUGGUGCGUUUUACUGGGUUGUCUGGGCGAAAAUCUUGCCGAGGUUGGGGGGGUAUGAGUUGGUGAGGGAGGUGGUUGUUGAGGGGGAUGGGUGGGGGAGGGCGGAGUUUGUUAGGAGGGGGUUGUGA